CAAAAAUCGGCCGGCGUAAACAGCCGAAAAAAGCAAAAAAAAAACAUUUAAAAAAUGGUUUUGCUUGCUUUUUUUUUCAUUUAUAUUUUUAGCUUAGUUGUAAAAGGCAUCUCAUUUCAUUCUAUUGAAAAAAUAGGAGGAGAAGAGUGAGUUGUGAGGAAAAAGAAGAGAGCAUAGUAGGGCAACUAGCAAGGAGGAGGAGUAGAAUUUCUUCAACAAAUCACAUUGGGGCAGUGUAAUACUUGCAUUUGGUGCAUCAAAAGCUUGUUAGAGAGGAUUGGAAAGAGGUUGCAUUUCAUUUCAACCUUCUUAUAAGAGCAACCUUCAACUUUUGAAAACAAUGUCUACUUCCAGUCCUCCUCAUAGAGCAAUCCCGGGUAGAAAAGAUCCAGCUUGGAAAUAUACAGAACCUUUUCCUGGGAAAAAAAAAGGAGAGGCAAAAUGUAAAUUUUGCAAAACAAUCUUUCAUGGAGGCAUAAAUAGAUUGAAAUACCACCUUGCUGGCAUAUGUGGCCAUGAUGCAGAGCCUUGCACAAAAGCACUUCCUGAGGCUAUUCGUGAGUGCCAAGUGCUAUUAGAAACAUUUGAGACUCGAAAAGAAAUAAAGAAGAGGCAAAGGGAGGAGUUGGCUCAAGCUAGCAUUGGUUGUGUUGGAGAGGCCUCUUCCAUGCCUUCAUAUUGUCCUAGUGGGAGUGCUAGUGCUUCUGUUGCCGGUAGUGUCAGUGCUAGUGGUAGUAUCAAUGCAACUCCAACCAUUGGUCCUAGAGUUCGUAAAUCUAGGAUGGAUUCAUAUUUUGAGCCACGCACUACUCCUGGUGCCCAACCUUCACUUGAGAGCAUGGCUUGGAACAAAGAGGUACACAAUAAGGCUAAAGCUGCAAUUGGAAGAUUUUGGUUUUAUUGCAAUAUUCCAUUUUUCGCAGCCAGGUAAUUCCUUUUAGUUUUUAUUUGAUUGUUUUAAGUUUUUAAGUUGUUAAUUAUUAAUA